GGCGACGCCGGCGUUUGGCUCCCCGUCUUUCCGCCCCCGUCCAUGGAUACGUUAUGCAGAAGGGAAGCUGCGAAGCUCCGGAGCUGAUCGGCCUCUUGGAAGGGAUGAAAGAAUGAUGUGAUGGAGAGAAAUAUGGGCCAUUGGUCAGGUCCUUUGGCCCCCACGCCUGGCCUAGUCUUCCUGCUUGUUCAGCUUUUGGCCAACGCCUGCCAUGGCCUUCAAGGGGCAAUGCCAUUUGGCUUCCACUUCACACAUUCCAUAUACAACACCACAGUGUACGAGAACUCUGCAGCACGGACCUAUCUUAACAGCCAAAGUAGAAUGGGCAUCACCAUGGCGGACCUCUCUUGGGAUAUCAAAUACAGGAUAGUGUCUGGCGACGAUGAAGGCUUUUUCAAGGCAGAGGAAGUUGUAAUAGCUGAUUUCUGUUUCCUUAGGAUAAGGACUAAAGGUGGGAAUUCUGCCAUAUUGAAUCGAGAAAUCCAGGACAACUAUUUGUUGAUAAUAAAGGGCUCUGUCCGUGGAGAAGACUUGGAAGCAUGGACAAAAGUGAACAUCCAGGUUUUGGACAUGAACGAUUUGAGGCCUUUGUUUUCACCAACCACUUAUUCCGUAACCAUAGCAGAAAGCACUCCUCUAAGGACUAGCAUCGCACAGGUUACAGCAACAGAUGCUGAUAUUGGUUCCAACGGUGAAUUCUAUUACUACUUUAAAAAUAAAGUCGACCUCUUCUCUGUCCACCCAACUAGUGGGGUCAUCUCUUUAAGCGGCCGGCUAAACUACGAUGAGAAAAACCGGUAUGACCUUGAAGUUUUGGCUGUGGACCGUGGGAUGAAGCUCUAUGGUAACAAUGGAGUAAGCAGCACUGCCAAACUUUACAUACAUAUUGAGCGCAUAAAUGAGCACGCCCCAACCAUCAAUGUCGUAACCCACAUUCCCUUCCCUUCGGACAGGGAGCCUACAUAUGCUAUUGUUAAUGUGGAUGACUUAGAUGAAGGUGCCAAUGGCGAGAUAGAAUCUCUUUCUAUUGUUGCUGGAGAUCCCUUGGAACAUUUCCACUUGACUAAGGAUAGCAGAUGGAUGAACGAGUACAAAAUCAAAGAGAAAAAGCCCAUUGAUUGGGACCAUUUUCCAUAUGGUUGCAAUCUUACGCUCCAAGCAAAAGACAAAGGGUCCCCUCAAAAGUUUUCGGCUGUGAAACUGGUACAUAUUGCCAGUCCCAGUAGAGGAAGCAGCCCUGUAAAGUUCGAAAAGGAAACAUAUGAUGUGGCCAUCAGUGAAUUCUCUCCUCCCGGAGUAGUUGUUGCUAUAGUUAAGCUAACCCCAGAACUGCAGGGCGAAGGAUAUAAAUUGUCUCUCAGCGAGGAUGCAGAGUAUUUUAAGAUUAAUCCCAGGACAGGUCUAAUUACCACUGCACGCCCUUUAAAAAUUGUUGACAAGGAAUUUUAUGACUUAGAAGUAACGAACAAAGAAGGAUACUUGAAAACACAUGUUACUGUCAGGAUAGAAGAUGCCAAUGAUCACAUCCCAGAGUUUACACAACCUUCAUAUGGCUCCUAUGUCAAUGAAAGUGUCCCUGUGGGUACUAGCAUUUUGUCAGUUUCUGCUUUUGAUAAGGAUCGGGGAGAAAAUGGCUACAUCACGUACAGCAUUGCUAGUCUAAAUUCGCUCCCCUUUUCCAUCAACCAGUUUACUGGGGUUAUUAGCACAUCUGAAGAGCUGGAUUUUGAGUCCUCCCCAGAGAGCUACAGGUUUAUUGUUAGGGCCUCAGACUGGGGCUCUCCUUACCGCCAUGAAAGCGAGGUGAAUGUCACAAUAUACAUAGGCAACGUAAAUGAUAACAAGCCGUUGUUUGAAAAGGUGGCUUGCCAGGGAGUGAUUUCAUCUGAUUUCCCUGUUGGCGGGCACAUCACAGCCGUCUCUGCUAUAGAUAUAGACGAGUUGGAGCUUGUGAAAUACAAAAUAAUUUCGGGUAACGAGCUGGGCUUUUUCUACCUGAAUCCAGACUCGGGGGUUCUGCAGCUCAAAAAGUCCCUGUCUGGCGCCGGCGUGAAGAGCAACAACUUUGGACUUAGGAUAACAGCAACCGACGGGGAGAAUUUUGCCGAUUCAAUGUUCGUCAACAUUUCUGUGGUUCACGGGAAAGUGUCCUCUAAAACCUUUAGCUGCAGGGAGACCAGAGUUGCGCAGAGGCUAGCGGAGAAGUUGCUGAAAAAGGCUAAAGCCAACGUGAAGCUAAAUUCCGAAGAUGGCUUCCUGGAUUUCUAUUCCGUGAACAGGCAGGCCCCACAUUUUGACAAAUCCUUUCCGUCCGACGUAUCCGUCAGAGAGGACCUUCCCAUCGGGGCCACCAUAUUCCAGAUCAAGGCCUACGAUGCCGAUUCCGGCUUUAACGGGAAAGUGCUGUACACCAUAUCGGAUGGCAAUACGGACAGCUGCUUUAACCUUGAAGUGGAGACAGGGCUGCUUAAGGUCCUUUUGCCCCUUGAUCGCGAAAAAACAGAGCUAUAUCUCCUGAACAUUACCAUUUAUGAUUUAGGCAGCCCCCAGAAAGCCACGUGGAGAUUACUUACUAUAACCGUAGAGGAUGCAAAUGACAACGCGCCUCUAUUUUUGCAGGAAGGCUACUCGGUUAAUAUGUUGGAAAGUACUGGUAUCGGUGUGGAAAUUAUCCAGGUAGAGGCCAGAGAUAGAGAUUUGGGGCCCAACGGGGAAGUGACUUACUCCAUAUUGACAGACACGCAGCAAUUUGUUAUCAAUAGCUCCACGGGAAUAGUAUACACGGGGGACCAUUUAGACAGGGAAUCAAAGGCAAAUUACACAUUAAAGAUAGAGGCAAGAGACAGAGCAGAGAGUGGGCACCAGCAGUCUUCUGUCGUCCCUCUGAAUGUUUUUUUGGAUGACGUCAAUGAUUGUUCCCCAGCAUUCAUUCCCCCUAGCUAUAGUGUGAAGGUCCUGGAAGAUCUGCCAGUUGGUACCGUCAUUGCUUGGCUUGAAACUCAAGACCCCGAUCUUGGUCUUGGAGGACAAGUGCGCUAUUCCUUGGUGAACGAUUACAAUGGGAGGUUUGAAAUCGACAAAGCCAGUGGCGCUAUCCGCCUAAGCAAAGAACUCGACUACGAGAAGCAACAGUUCUACAACCUAACCGUGAGGGCAAAGGAUAAAGGUCGCCCGGUUUCUUUAUCCUCAGUUUCCUUUGUAGAAGUUGAAGUCGUGGAUGUGAACGAAAACCUCUACACCCCUUAUUUUUCCGACUUUGCCAUCAUUGGAUCAGUAAAGGAAAACUCGCGCAUCGGAACAAGCGUUUUGCAAGUGAGCGCAAGGGACGACGAUACCGGCAGGGAUGGCGAGAUCCAGUACUCUAUCCGAGAUGGCAGUGGGCUUGGACGGUUCAGCGUAGAUGAGGAAACGGGAGUUAUCUAUACUGCAGAUAUCCUGGACCGAGAGACGACUCAGUCCUACUGGUUAACUGUGUAUGCAACAGAUCGUGGUGUUGUUCCACUUUACACCACCAUCGAGGUCUACAUUGAGGUUGAAGAUGUGAACGACAACGCCCCGUUGACUUCUGAACCCAUAUAUUACCCAUCUGUAUUGGAAAACUCUCCUAAGGAUGUAUCGGUUAUUCAGAUACAGGCUCAAGAUCCUGACUCCAGCACGAAUGAAAAGAUGACCUAUAGGAUUACCAGUGGGAACCCCCAGAACUUUUUCAUCAUCAAUACCAAAACAGGUCUCAUAACCACGACUUCAAGAAAACUGGAUCGUGAACAGCAGGCAGAACAUUUUCUGGAGGUUACAGUCACGGAUGGAGGCGCCUCUCCCAAGCAGUCUACAGUCUGGCUGGUGGUCCAAGUCCUUGAUGAGAACGACAACAAGCCCCAGUUCCCGGAGAAAGUCUACCAGAUCAAGUUGCCAGAGAGGGACCGGAAGAAGAGAGGCGAGCCGAUCUACAGAGCCUUCGCCUUUGACAAGGAUGAAGGCCCCAAUGCGGAGAUUUCCUACAGCAUCGUAGAUGGGAAUGAUGAUGGGAAGUUUUUCAUUGACCCGAAGACUGGGAUGGUCUCCUCAAGAAAGCAGUUCACAGCCGGGAGCUAUGAUAUCUUAACGAUAAAAGCUGUUGACAAUGGGCGGCCGCAGAAAUCUUCGACCGCUCGCCUCCACAUUGAGUGGAUUAAGAAACCGCCGCCUUCCCCCAUCCCGCUGACAUUCGACGAGCCCUUCUACAACUUCACCGUCAUGGAAAGCGACCGGGUGACGGAGAUCGUUGGCGUGGUGUCCGUGCAACCUGCCAACAUCCCGCUGUGGUUUGACAUUGUCGGUGGCAAGCAUGCUCGAGAGAUGUUCUAUAUCCUACAGACAGCUUGUGGGCAGAACUGCUCAACAGAAGGGGGGAAUUUCGAGAGCUCUUUCGACGCAGACAAAGGUGUGGGGACCAUUGUCAUCGCAAAGCCCCUGGAUGCUGAGCAGAGGUCUGUGUACAACAUGACUGUGGAAGUCACUGAUGGCACAAAUGUGGCAAGCACUCAGGUUCUCAUCAAAGUAUUGGACAACAACGAUAACGGUCCGGAAUUUUCCCACCCGAGUUACGACGUCACGAUUUCUGAGGACAUCCUCCCUGACACUGAGAUCCUGCAAGUUGAAGCCAUAGACAGAGAUGAGAAGCACAAGCUCAGCUACAUCAUUCAUAGCAGUAUUGACUCAAUCAGUGUGAGGAAGUUCAGGAUGGAUCCCAACACAGGAGUUCUGUACACCGCCGAGCGCUUAGACCACGAAGCCCAAGAUAAGCACAUCCUAAACGUAAUGGUUCGUGACCAAGAGUUCCCCUAUCGGCGGAAUUUGGCAAGGGUCAUUGUCAACGUGGAAGACUCCAACGAUCACAGCCCUUACUUCUCCAGCCCUUUGUACGAAGCCUCUGUGUUUGAAUCUGCUGCCAUUGGAUCUGCUGUUCUGCAGGUCACUGCCUUGGACAAAGACAAAGGCGAAAACGCAGAGCUGAUCUACACAAUCGAAGCAGGGAAUACUGGGAACACAUUCAAGAUUGAGCCAGUUCUAGGAAUCAUCACGGUGCUGAAGGAACCAGACUUGACCACUAUGAACCAGUUUGUUCUGUCAGUCAAAGUGACCGACCAGGGCUCUCCACCGCUGUCAGCCACAGCUAUUGUCCGCAUAUCUGUGACCAUGUCAGACAAUUCCCACCCGAAGUUCACGCACAAGGAAUGGCAAGCUGAAGUGAAUGAAAAUGUUGACUUUGGAACUUCAGUUAUCUUGGUCUCGGCAAUCAGCCAGUCUACGCUAGUUUAUGAGGUUAAGGAGGGCAACACCAACGGAGCCUUUGCUAUAAACCCCUACUCCGGAGUCAUCACUACUCAAAAACCCCUCGAUUAUGAACGCACUUCCUCGUACCAGCUCACCGUACAAGCCACAAACAUGGCCGGGAUGGCAUCCAAUGCCACUGUGAACAUCCAGAUCAUUGAUGAAAAUGACAACCCACCAGUCUUCCUCUUCUCAAAAUACCUGGGCAGCAUCAGUGAGGCUGCACCUAUAAAUAGCAUCGUUCGAAGCUUAGGGAAUAAUCCGCUUGUGAUACGAGCCACAGAUGCGGACAGUAAUCAGAACGCUUUGCUUGUCUACCAGAUUGUUGAGUCCACUGCAAAGAACUAUUUCACCGUAGACUCCAGUACAGGUGCAAUUAGGACUAUUGCUGACUUAGAUCAUGAAACCAUUGCACAUUUCCAUUUUCACGUCCACGUUCGAGACAGUGGAAAUCCACAGCUUACUGCAGAAAAUCCAGCUGAAGUCACCAUUGAUGUAACAGAUGUCAAUGAUAACCCUCCAGUUUUCAGCCAGGCCAUGUUUGAGACCAUCUUGCUCCUACCAACAUACAUUGGAGUUGAGGUUCUUAAACUCAGGGCUGCAGACCCAGAUUCAGAAGUCCCACCUGAAAUGACCUACAGCCUGAUUGAAGGCAGCACAGAGCAUUUCCUCAUCGAUUCUGUUUCCGGGGUACUGACUAUAAAAAACAACAGCCUCUCCAAAGAUCAUUACAUGCUCAUAGCAAAAGUAUCCGAUGGGAAGUUCUAUAGCACUGCCGUAGUGACCAUAAUGGUCAAAGAAGCCAUGGACAGUGGCCUGCAUUUCACACAAAGCCUUUACUCCACAUCCAUCUCAGAAAACAGCACCAAUAUCACAAAAGUAGCCGUGGUCAACGCUGUUGGAAACCGCCUUAACGAGCCCUUGAAGUACAGCAUAUUAAACCCAGGGAACAAAUUCAAGAUCAAAUCCACUCUGGGUGUCAUUCAAACUACUGGCAUCCCAUUUGACAGAGAGGAACAGGAAUUUUACGAGCUGGUGGUAGAGGCUAGUCGUGAGCUGGAUCACCUGCGGGUAGCCAGGGUGGUUGUCAGAGUUCACAUUGAAGACAUCAAUGACAAUGCUCCAGUGUUUGUUGGGCUCCCAUACUACGCCGCUGUACAAGUUGAGGCUGAUCCCGGCACCCUGAUAUACCGAGUCACAGCAAUUGAUAAAGAUAAGGAUGCAAAUGGCGACGUAUCAUACCUGCUGAAGGAGGACUAUGGGCACUUUGAAAUUGACAGGCACACUGGCAGUGUCACAUUAAAAGCAGCCUUUAAUUCUGACUUAUCUAACAUAGAGUAUCUAAUUAUCGUCAUUGCCAAAGAUGGAGGCAAUCCAUCACUGUCUGCAUCUGUAGAACUGCCCAUUACGAUAGUUAACAAAGCAAUGCCCGUUUUCAACAAGGCUUUCUAUACGGCCUCUGUAAACGAAGACAUCGAAAUGCACACCCCAAUUCUGAGCAUCAAUGCAACCAGCCCAGAAGGUCAAGGAAUCAUUUACAUCAUUGUAGACGGUGAUCCCUACAAUCAAUUCAACAUUGAUUUUGACACCGGAGUCCUCAAUGUCAUCAGUCCAUUGGACUAUGAAGUAAACCCCAUUUUCAAAUUGACAGUGAGAGCCAGCGAUGCUCUCACUGGUGCCCGAGCUGAAGUAACGGUGGACUUAAUUAUCAAUGAUGUCAAUGACAACGCCCCAGUUUUCGACCACUUUGCAUAUAAUGCCACUUUAUCUGAAGCGUCUCUGAUUGGGACACCUGUUUUGCAGGUUGUUGCUACGGAUGCAGAUUCUGAGAACAACAAAAUAGUGCAGUAUCAGAUAGUCCAGGACACCUUCAACAGCACAGAUUACUUUCACAUCGAUGGCACGAGUGGCUUGAUCCUAACAGCCCGCUUGCUGGACCACGAGCUGAUGCAGCAAUGCAGUCUGAAAGUGCGGGCAACGGAUAACGGAUUCCCACCCCUAAGCAGUGAAGUUCUAGUCAGCAUCUUUGUAACAGACAUGAAUGACAACCCUCCCGUUUUUAACCAAUUGAUAUAUGAAUCGUACGUCAGUGAGCUGGCUCCUCGGGGUCAUUUUGUGACUUGCGUCCAAGCUUCUGAUGCAGACAGCUCUGAUUAUGACCGGUUGGAGUACAGCAUCUUGUCUGGAAAUGACCGUACAAGUUUCGUGAUGGACAGUAAAAGUGGGGUCAUCUCCCUGUCAAACCAUCGGAAGCAGAGGAUGGAGUCAAUGUACAGCCUGAAUGUCUCUGUCUCCGAUGGUUUGUUCACAAGCACAGCCCAGGUCCAUAUCCGGAUUCUCGGAGCGAACUUGUACAGUCCUGUCUUCACACAGAGUAUUUACGUGGCAGAGGUUAGAGAAAACGCCGCCCCUGGAACCAAGGUAAUCCACGUGAAAGCAACAGACGGAGACUCAGGCAUAUAUGGGCAAAUAAGCUAUUCAAUCAUAAACGACUUUGCCAAGGAUCGUUUUUUGAUUGAUAACAACGGGCAGAUCAUCACAACUGAGAAACUUGAUCGGGAGAUCCCUUUGGAAGGUGACAUCACCAUAUUCCUGAGAGCCCUCGAUGGAGGAGGGAGAACCACAUUCUGUACCGUGCGAGUCAUAGUGGUGGACGAGAAUGACAAUGCUCCCCAGUUCAUGACAGUUGAAUACAGGGCAAGCGUCAAAGCAGAUGUUGGAAAGGGUCAUUUGGUCACCCAGGUCCAAGCAGUUGAUCCAGAUGAUGGUGCAAAUGCGAGGAUUGCCUACUCGUUGUACAGCGAGGCCUCGGUUUCUGUUGCAGAUCUGCUGGAAAUUGACCCUGACAAUGGGUGGAUGGUAACCAAGGGCAACUUUAACCAGCUUAAAAACACAGUGCUCUCCUUCUUUGUCAAAGCAGUUGAUGGCGGCAUUCCUGUGAAGCAUUCACUUAUCCCUGUGUACAUUCACGUUUUACCUCCAGAAACCAUCUUGCCUUCUUUUUCUCAACCCCAAUAUUCCUUUACACUAUCGGAAGACACUGUAAUAGGUAGUACCGUUGAUGUUCUGCAUGUUUUGCCUAGCCAGGGUGCCACCUAUAGCACAGUCAAUGGUGAAUUGCCAGGGAACAACAAGGAUGGAGUGUUUAUUAUAGAGCAGGACACCGGCAUCAUAAAACUUGAUAAGAGACUGGACCACGAGACAACUCCUGCCUUUCACCUUAAGGUUGCUGCAACUAUAAAGCUAGAUAAAGUGGAUGUUGUUUUAACAGUGGAUGUGGACAUUAAAAUUUUGGACGUCAAUGACAACAAACCCAUGUUUGAGGCAGCCAGCUACGAAGCCAUCAUAAUGGAAGGAAUGCCCAUAGGAACCAAACUUAUCCAGGUUAAAGCCAUUGAUGCAGAUUGGGGGGCAAACGGUCAAGUCACGUACUCUCUCUCAGCAGAAUCGGAUGCUGACCCAGUCUCAGAGGUGUUCACCAUUGACAGCAACAGCGGCUGGAUCAGCACCUUGAAAGACUUGGACCAUGAGAAGAACCCCACAUUUGCCUUCACUGUAGUGUCUUCCGACCUAGGAGAAGCCCUAUCCCUCUCAUCAACCGCCUUGAUCUCCGUCACGGUGACAGACAUCAACGAUAAUGCUCCAGUAUUUGAGCAUGAGCUGUACAGGGGGUCCGUGAAGGAGAGCGACUCGCCAGGCGAAGUUGUGGCCGUCCUCAGCACUUGGGAUGAGGAUACAUCUGAUGUCAACCGCCAAGUCAGCUAUCACAUUACAGGAGGAAAUCCCAAAGGGAAGUUCGCCCUUGGCAUGGUUCAGAAUGAGUGGAAGGUUUAUGUCAAGAGACCAUUAGAUCGGGAAGAGCAGGAUAUCUACCUUCUGAAUAUUACAGCGACUGAUGGACUGUUUGUAACACAGAGUGCUGUGGAAGUGAUUGUCACAGAUGUUAAUGACAACAGCCCUGUCUGCGAUCAGGUCACGUAUAUGGCAUUGUUUCCUGAGGACAUUGCACCCAACAGAGUCAUCCUUAAAAUGGGCGCCAAAGACGCAGACAUCGGAUCCAACGGGGAAAUUCGUUACUCGCUGUACGGCCCUGGGAACAACAAGUUUUUCUUGGAACCAGAAAGUGGGGAACUCAAAACCUUAGCCCCAUUAGACCGCGAGAAGAUCCCUGUGUACAACCUGAUCGCAAGGGCAACGGACGGAGGAGGCAGGUUUUGUCAGUCCGAAAUCCAUCUCAUCCUGGAAGAUGUUAAUGAUAACCCACCAGCGUUUUCUUCUGACCAUUACACCGCAUGUGUCUAUGAGAACACAGCCACUAAAGCUUUGCUGACGAGAGUCCAAGCCAACGAUCCUGACGUAGGUGUGAACAGAAAGAUUGUCUAUUCCCUAGCAGAUUCUUCAGGCGGCUUUUUCUCUGUGGACAAAUCCUCGGGAAUCAUCAUCUUGGAGCAUCCAUUAGACAGAGAACUCCAGCCAUCGUAUAAUGUCACUGUCAAAGCCACAGACCAGAGCAUUGUGCAGACCCUGUCCUCGUUCGCCACAGUGACAAUUACGGUUCUGGACAUUAACGACAACCCUCCUGUCUUUGAGAGGAGAGACUACCUUGUUUCGGUGCCUGAGGACACCUCGCCCAGUGCUGAAGUCCUCUCCGUUUUUGCCACAAGCAAAGACAUUGGUACAAAUGCAGAGAUCACCUAUAUCAUCAGGUCUGGGAAUGAAAAGGGGAAAUUCAGGAUCAAUUCAAAGACAGGGUCCAUAUCUGUAAUUGAACCUCUGGACUAUGAAACGUGCAAGGACUUCUUCCUAGUCAUCGAAGCCAAAGAUGGGGGCAGCCCAGCACUAAGCGCCGUGGCAACAGUGAAUAUAAAUGUGACAGACGUUAACGAUAACGCUCCGAGAUUUAGCCAAGAAGUCUACAGUUCUGUCAUCAGCGAGGAUGCCUCUGUAGGCGAUUCAUUGAUAAUGCUGAUAGCUGAAGACCUUGACAGUCCUCCCAAUGGGCAGAUCCAUUUUUCCAUAAUCAAUGGAGAUCGGAACAAUGAGUUUUCAAUUGAUCCUAGCUUGGGACUUAUAAAGGUUAAGAAGAGAUUGGACCGAGAAAGGGUUUCUGGAUACUCAUUAGUCAUACAGGCAAGAGACAGUGGGACUCCUCCUUUGUCGGCGUCUGUGACGGUCAACGUUGACAUUUCUGAUGUGAACGAUAACAGCCCUGUAUUUACACCUGCCAACUAUACAGCUGUGAUUCAAGAGAAUAAACCAGUGGGAACAAGCAUUCUGCAGCUGGUGGUGACAGACAAAGACUCUCUGCACAAUGGACCCCCUUUCACCUUUUCCAUCUUGACGGGUAAUGAAGGCGAAGAGUUUGCAUUGGACCAGCAAGGCAUCUUACGAUCUGCAGUCGUCUUCAAGUACAGGGAAGCAACUGAAUAUGUGCUCUGCAUUCAGGCAAAGGAUUCUGGAAAGCCUCAGCAGCUUUCCCACACCUAUAUCCAAAUCCGGGUCAUCGAAGAAAGUAUCCACAAGCCAACAGCCAUCCCUCUGGAGAUUUUUAUCGUCACCAUGGAAGACGACUUCCCAGGAGGCGUCAUUGGGAAGAUACAUGCGACGGACCAAGACAUGUACGACACCCUCACGUACGGCCUGAAGUCUGAGCAGAAAAGUUUGUUCAAGGUCAACAACCACGAUGGGAAAAUCAUCGCCCUUGGUGGGUUGGAUAGUGGGAAGUACAUCCUGAAUGUAUCUGUCAGCGACGGGAGGUUCCAGGUGCCCAUGGACGUGACGGUCCAUGUGGAGCAGCUGAUGCAGGAAAUGCUGCAGAACACGGUCACCAUCCGUUUCGAGAACGUCUCCCCCGAGGAUUUUGUGGGGCUCCAUAUGCACGGGUUCAGGCGCACCCUGCGCAACGCCGUGCUCACCCAGAAGCAAGACAGCUUGCACAUCAUCAGUAUUCAGCCCGUGGCGGGCACCAACCAGCUCGACAUGCUGUUUGCGGUUCAGAUGCACACGGGAGGCUUCUAUAAGCCUGCCUACUUGAUUCAGAAGCUCACCAAUGCAAGGCGACACUUGGAAAAUGUGAUCCGCGUCUCAGCUAUACUGGAGAAGAAUUGCUCCGGAUUGGAUUGUCAGGAGCAGCACUGCGAGCAAAGCCUGUCUAUUGAUUCCCAUUCCCUGAUGACCUACAGCACAGCACGGAUUAGUUUUGUGUGUCCCCGAUUCUUCCGAAAUGUACGCUGCUCUUGUAAUGGAGGAUUGUGUCCAGGCUCUAGUGAUCCCUGCACAGAGAAACCCUGUCCUGGAGAUAUGCAAUGUGUGGGCUAUGAGAUCAACCGGAGGCCAUUCAUCUGCCAGUGCCCUCCUGGAAAGCUUGGGGAGUGCUCAGGACACACUUCCCUUAGCUUUGCUGGGAAUAGUUACAUCAAAUACCGGGUUUCUGAAAAUAGCAAGAAGGAGGAAUUCAAGUUGGCGCUGCGUCUGCGGACUCUGCAAAGCAACGGGAUUAUAAUGUACACCAGAGCAAAUCCCUGUAUAAUUCUGAAGAUCGUGGAUGGCAAACUGUGGUUCCAGUUGGACUGCGGAACCGGCCCGGGCAUCUUGGGGAUUUCCGGCAGGGCUGUUAAUGAUGGGAGCUGGCACUCGGUCUUCCUGGAGCUGAACCGGAAUUUCACCAGCCUGUCGCUCGACGACAGCUACGUGGAGCGCCGCAAAGCCCCACUCUACUUCCAGACGCUCAGCACUGACAGCUCAGUUUACUUCGGCGCCCAGGUGCAGGUGGACAACGUCCGGAGCCUGACGGACAAGAGAGCGACGCAGGUCUCGAGCGGCUUCCAGGGCUGCUUGGACUCCGUCGUUCUCAACAACAACGAGCUCCCGCUGCAGAACAAGCGCAGCAGCUUUGCAGAAGUGGUCGGCCUGACCGAGCUGAAACUAGGCUGCGUGCUGUAUCCGGAUGCCUGCGAGAGGAGCCCAUGCCAGAAUGGAGGGACUUGUCUGAGUGUGCCAUCUGGUGCGGGGAGUGAGCUUGAGGGCACGUCAGCUGAACUGAAGAUGGUGCCCAGAGAGCUGAAAGGUUACCAGUGCAGUUGCCUCUCUCAGUUCACCGGGCGAAACUGUGAGUCAGAGAUCACUGCCUGCUUUCCAAAUCCUUGUCGCAACGGAGGCUCGUGCGAUCCCAUUGGCAACGCUUUCAUCUGCAACUGCAAGAGCGGGUUAACGGGAUUGACGUGUGAGGAGGAUAUUAACGAAUGCGAGAGAGAAGAGUGCGAAAAUGGCGGCUCUUGCGUCAACGUAUUUGGGUCCUUUCUAUGCAACUGCACUCCAGGAUACGUGGGCCAGCACUGUGGGCUGAGACCGGUGGUCGUCCCAAACAUCCAAGCCGGCCAUUCUUACGUGGGCAAAGAGGAGCUCAUCGGCAUCGCUGUCGUGCUUUUCGUCAUAUUCCUGUUGGUCGUCCUUUUCGUGGUGUUCCGCAAGAAAGUGUUCAGGAAGAACUACUCCCGCAACAACAUCACCUUGGUUCAAGACCCGGCGACUGCCGCUCUGCUUCACAAGAGCAACGGGAUUCAGUUCAAAAACAUGAGGAACAGCGGGGAUGGCCGCAAUAUUUAUCAGGAGGUGGGGCCGCCUCAGGUCCCCGUGAGGCCCAUGGCCUACACCCCUUGCUUCCAGAGCGACUCAAGGAACAAUUUGGACAAGAUCGUCGACGGGCUCGGGGUGGAGCAUCAGGAGAUGACAACGUUCCACCCAGAGUCUCCUCGGAUCCUGACAGCCAGGCGAGGAGUCGUAGUGUGCAGUGUGGCUCCCAACCUUCCUGCCGUGUCUCCGUGCCGUUCCGACUGCGACUCCAUCAGGAAGACCUGGGAAAACGGCACUGAAAGCAAAGGACUUGAUGACGUGGAAGAGGUGACCUGUUUUUCAGGAAGCAAUAAAGGCAGCAACUCUGAAGUCCAGUCUCUCAGUUCUUACCAGUCAGACUCGGGCGAUGAUAAUGCUUCCAUAGUGACUGUCAUACAGCUUGUCAACAACGUAGUUGACAAUAUAGAAAAUGAAGUGACUGAUAUGGAUCAAGGACAGAACUACAACAGAGCUUAUCACUGGGACACCUCUGAUUGGAUGCCGAGCACUCGACUAUCUGACAUUGAGGAGGUGCCCAAUUACGAGACAACAGAUGGCAGCUCAGUGCAUCAUGGGAGCACAAGGGAGCUGGAAACAGACUACUACCUUGGCGGCUACGAUAUUGACAGCGACUACCCUCCGCCGCAGGAUGAGGAGUUUUUAAACCAGGACCAGUUGCCGCCUCCCCUCCCGGAGGAUUACCCAGACCAUUACGAAGCCCUUCCUCCAUCCCAGCCAGUCUCCAUGGCUGGCACACUUAGCCCGGAUUGUCGGCGACGGCCACAGUUCCACCCGAGCCAGUACCUCCCUCCGCACCAGUUCCCCAAUGAGAUGGACAACGGCGGGUCUCAGACUGGGAACGAGUUUAGUACUUUUGGCGUUGGCCCAGGACCAAACGCAGAGAACAAUAGCCUGGCCAAGAAGCCCUUGUCCUUACACAAUUCCCUGGACGCAUCGUCGUCUGACGUUUCUAUGGGCUGUGGCUUUGAUGACUCUGAGGUGGCCAUGAGUGACUAUGAAAGCAUUGAGGAGCUUCACCUUGACCACCACCACAUUCACAUUCCAUUUGUGGAGACCCACCACCAGACCCAAGUGUGAAGGAGCCUCUUUUGUUGACGUUGUUUCUGUCAUUUGGUCCCAUUCAUAGCAUUAACUGUCAAGAAGGCUUUCUUUUCGCUGAG